AUGGCUACCGACUUAACUGAAAAAAUAUUAAAAAUAAUCGAUUCCAAAAAUGAAAUUGACACAUAUGAUCUUGCUGGUGAAUUAAAUGAAGAUCAUCAGAAAAUCAUUGGUACAGUUAAAAGUUUGCAAGCUUUGGGAAAUCUUGUAAAAGGAGAGCCAAAAGUUCAUUCUUACUGGGAGUUAACUAAAGAGGGACAAUCGGUUGUUGAAAAUGGAAGUCAUGAAGCUUUGAUAUUUAAUGCAGUUCCCCCUGAUACUGGUAUUGAACAAAGUAAAAUAAUGGCAACAGUUCCGAAUGCAAAAGUUGGUUUUAGUAAAGCCAUGUCACAAGGUUGGGUUUUUAUCGAUAAGAGUAGUGGUGUGCCAGUAGUAAAAAGAAAAGUUGAUGAUAUAUCUGAUGUUGUUCGACAGCAUCUUAAACUAAUACUAAACAAAGAUGGAAAUUCAGUUCCUGAUAAUGUAAAACAAGAUUAUAAAAAAAGAAAAUUAAUUCAAGAAGUUGUAAUAAAAAGCAUAUUGUUGAGUAAAGGAUCUGAAUUUCAAUUGUCUGUGGAAAAGCAAGAAACCGAUUUAACCGCUGAGCUAUUACUUAAUGACGCUUGGAAAAAUAAAACGUUUAAAGAUUAUAAUUUUAAUUCGUUGGGAGUUUUACCCAAUUCCGGACAUUUACAUCCGUUGAUGAAAGUUAGAGCUGAAUUCAGGAAAAUUUUUAUUGAAAUGGGAUUUCAAGAGAUGCCUACAAAUAAUUUUGUCGAAAGUUCAUUUUGGAAUUUCGAUGCCCUUUUCCAGCCACAACAACAUCCGGCUCGUGAUGCUCAUGAUACAUUUUUUUUAUCUUUUCCUGCCACAAGUUCAAAUUUCCCAACAGACUAUUUGGAAAGAGUGAAAAAAGUACACAGCAGUGGUGGAUAUGGGUCUCAGGGGUACCAAUACGACUGGAAAAUAGAAGAAGCACAGAAAAAUCUGCUUAGAACGCAUACAACUGCAGUUAGUGCAAGAAUGCUUUACAAAUUGGCACGAGAAAAAGAAUUUAAACCUGUUAAAUAUUUUAGCAUAGACAGAGUUUUCAGAAACGAAACAUUAGACAGCACUCAUUUAGCAGAAUUUCAUCAAGUUGAAGGAUUAAUAGCUGAUUACAAUUUAAGUUUAGGUGACUUAAUCGGAGUGCUUUAUGCUUUUUUCCAAAAGUUAGGAAUUGAAAAACUUAAAUUUAAACCCGCGUAUAAUCCAUACACGGAGCCCAGCAUGGAAAUAUUUAGCUAUCAUCCAGGACUCAAAAAAUGGAUAGAAAUAGGAAAUUCCGGCAUGUUUAGACCAGAAAUGUUAUUGCCCAUGGGUUUACCAGAAGACGUUAACGUAAUUGCUUGGGGCCUGAGUUUAGAAAGGCCUACAAUGAUAAAAUAUGGUUUGAAUAACAUAAGAGAUCUUGUAGGUCCAAAAGUUGAUAUAUGCAUGGUUCAAUCAAGUCCGAUUUGUAGAUUAGAUAAAUAA